AUAGCGAUAGUUUUAAUGUUUGUCUAUCAAUGUCAUGUUUUAGAUCAAGUUCACUAGUUACAAGUUACUUUGCCAAGGCUCGUUGGUUUUCAUAUAGAACUUUGCCUUAUUGUUCAAAAUCUCAACUUUCUUAUUUAUCUUCCACUUCUUCCAGCUUUGCAACAAUGACCUCUUUUGUAAACCUUCCUCCAAAUUUCGUGCUUUCUCCUGAUCGCUCGCACGCUGUAUUAGCAACUCCCAUUGAGAAGUCAAACAAUGAUGAUAGAGACUAUCGAUUAAUUCGAUUAAGCAAUGAAUUAGAAGCUUUGCUAGUUCAUGAUCCAACUACCGAUAAAAGUAGUGCUUCUAUGGAUGUUUACGUAGGAAAUCUCUCGGAUCCGGACGAUUUACAAGGUCUAGCUCAUUUUUGUGAGCAUUUGUUAUUCAUGGGUACUAAAAAGUAUCCAAAAGAAAAUGAAUAUAAUAGCUUUUUAUCAAAACAUAGUGGCCAUUCCAAUGCUUAUACAGGAUUAGACAAUACAAAUUAUUAUUUUGAAGUUGGUUAUGAGUUUUUAGAGGGUGCACUUGAUAGAUUUUCGCAGUUCUUCAUUUCCCCGAUCUUUGACCCUAGCUGCACUGAUAGGGAAAUUCUCGCUGUUGAUUCAGAACAUAAAAAAAAUCGACAAUCUGAUGCAUGGCGGUUAUUCCAACUGGAAAGGUCUUUGUCUGAUCUAAAGCAUCCUUAUUCUCGUUUUGGGUCUGGAAACUUGUUCUCUUUAAGAGAUAUUCCACGUCAAAAAGGUUUAGAUAUAAGAAAUGAAUUAUUAAAAUUUCAUGAAAGAUAUUAUUCGGCCAACUUGAUGAAAUUGGUCGUUUUGGGUAGAG